UGUUUCUGCAUAGCGAUCCGUCAGUCACAACUCACAAGUGUUUUACGCUGGAGAGAAGUUGCCAAGCUUUCUAAACUGCAGAUUUUUGUGCUCUGUAUGACUGUAUCGUAGCGUUUUAAUUGUUGCCAGUGACCUUUGAAAUAGCUCUGUACUAUUUCCUCUUUUCAUUAAACCUAGUUCCUAAAAAAACCCAUCCACCAUGCAGAUCUUCGUCAAGACUCUGACGGGUAAAACCAUCACCUUGGAAGUCGAGCCUUCCGAUACCAUCGAGAACGUCAAGGCCAAAAUCCAGGACAAAGAGGGCAUUCCCCCCGAUCAGCAGCGACUGAUCUUUGCUGGUAAACAACUGGAAGACGGACGCACACUGAGCGAUUACAACAUUCAGAAAGAAUCAACCCUUCAUUUGGACAAUGGAGGUAUGCAACUUUAUAUGCUGACCGGAAAGACCAUCACGCUGGAGGUUGAACCAUGACAAAGAAUUAAAAUCAUAGGAUUCAAUUUUGACCAGCAGCGCCUGAUCUUUGCCGGAAAGCAGCUGGAAGACGGACGCACACUGAGCGAUUACAACAUUCAGAAAGAAUCAACCCUUCAUUUGGUCCUGCGUCUGCGUGGAGGUAUGCAAAUCUUUGUCAAGACCCUGACCGGAAAGACCAUCACGCUGGAGGUUGAACCAUCCGACACCAUUGAGAAUGUUAAAGCUAAGAUCCAGGAUAAAGAGGGAAUUCCUCCUGACCAGCAGCGCCUGAUCUUUGCCGGAAAGCAGCUGGAAGAUGGCCGCACGCUGAGCGAUUAUAACAUCCAGAAGGAGUCCACCCUCCACUUGGUCCUUCGUCUCCGCGGCGGUAUGCAGAUCUUCGUCAAGACCCUGACCGGAAAGACCAUCACCCUGGAGGUGGAGCCUUCCGAUACCAUUGAGAAUGUCAAGGCUAAGAUUCAGGAUAAGGAGGGAAUUCCUCCUGACCAGCAGCGCCUGAUUUUUGCUGGUAAACAGCUGGAGGAUGGCCGUACCCUGAGUGAUUAUAAUAUCCAGAAAGAGUCCCUCUGCACUUGGUGCUGCGUCUGCGCGGAGGUUGAUCUCUUUGUUUUUUGACAAUUUUUUCUCUGUAUUCUCUCGUCAUCGAUAAGUGGUUCACUCAAGGUUUCGAUUUUCCAUUUUGUGUAGUACAAGGAUUAAACAUGCUUGUUUUCGUUGGUGGAAUUAUAAUGAUUUGUUUGUACAAUUCUUGACAUCAGUGCAUGGUUGAAACAUUCGAGAACGAUGGUUGGUAAUGAAAACAAUGAUCACUUG